AUGAAACAUAUGAUUAUGUAUGCUACAACCUCUAAGAUAAAAGGAAAUGGAGAUAGGAGGGUGGCUGAAGCUACCAUCGCAUGCUUUGUCAGUCAAUUAAAAGGAUGGUGGGAUUUCCACCUAAGAGACCCGGCAAGGACUCAAAUCUUAAAUGCUCAAGAGGCCAUUGGCCAGCAGAGUGUACAGGACCCAGCAACUGGAGUAAUCAAAAGUGAAAAAGUUUACCAAGAAGAUACGGUAAAUUCACUAAUUUGUACAAUCACUCUAUAUUUUGUAGGAACUACAGAAUUGCAGCACGACAGGUCUCGAGAACUCUUAAUGAACCUUAAGUAUCCAACCUUGUCCCAUUUUAGAUGGUAUAAGGAUGUGUUCUAUUCUAAGGUAUUUACAAGACAAGACUAUAAUGCUGAUUUCUGGAAAGAGAAAUUUCUUUUGGGAUUACCAAUUCUAUUCGCCGAAAAGGUUAGAAAUGGAAUUAAAGAUAAAAAUAGUGGUGUCAUUCCUUAUGGGUCAUAUACCUAUGGGGAAUUAUCCUCUAAAAUUUGCGUAGAAGGAUUAGCCCUUUGCACAAACAUGAAAUUAAAGAAACAGCUUGAUAAGCAAAAGACCCUAGGAAGAAAACAAUUAGGAGACUUUUGUGAACAAUUUGGUUUUGAACCAGUAAAAUCAUAUUCACAUAAACCACAUAAAAAGGGAAAGAAAUUUUGGGGGCGUAAGACUAAGAAACCGUAUAGAACCUUUAGGAAAAAGAAAUAUGUAGGAGAAACUAGUGAAAAGACUAGUAAAGGAAAGAAAAGUGCGGUCCCAACAUGCUAUAAGUGUGAAAAAGUUGGACACUACAAAUCUGAAUGUAAAAUGAAAGAUAAAACUAGUAACUUAAGCGUUAGGGAAGAACUUAAGCAACAACUUUGCCAAAUAAUGCUUAAUUCCUCUGGUUUUGAGCAAGAUAGUGAUGAUGAACUAGCUCAACUCGAAAAUGAAGAAUUAUUUGAAUCAGAUAUUGAAACUAGCUCAGAUAGCGAAGACUAG